ACUGAACAAUAGAGGGCGGUGUGGGUCAGGAUCCUAAAGCUCCGGUCCGUCAGAACCAGAACCAGAACCGCUUCAGUUUCAGCUCUUCUUACAGGGUUUUUGGAUCAGUGUGGAGAGAGAUGGAUCAGCAGAACCGAUCGGAUCAGAUGAAGAACAGUGUGGGGACCCGAGGUCAGGGGGAGGAGCCUGCAGCUAAACCGGAUCACAGCGAGUGGAACCAAGUCUACCUGGCGGUGGUGAGUGUGUUGUUGGGGCCGGUUCUGCUGGUUCUGCUGGACGGCUGUAGUGCAGUGGAACCGGGCAGGUUGUGGGCGGAGUCUGAUGGAGUGGGCGUGGCACUGUGGGACUGGACAGCGUUCACUAUAGUGGUGAUAUUCACUGUGCUGCAGGGGGCACUAUACUAUCUACCUGUGGGACAGGUGGUGGAGGGUAAGAUGGGUAAUCAGGAGAAGAGAUUGAAGUAUAGUCUGAACGGUCUGCACGCGUUUGGAGUGUGUGUGGUGCUGCUGGUUGGGGCGUGGCAGGGCGGGUGGCUGGUGGCGGGCAGUGUGACGGGCAGGGUGCUGCCGCUGGUCAGUGCCGGGUGUGCCGUCGCUCUGCUGAUCAGCGUGUGUCUCUACCUGCGCCCAGACUCCGCCCACAGUCACGAGAACACCACAGGUGGGUUCCUGCAGGACUUCCUGUUGGGCCGGGAGGCGGACCCUCGGCUCGGUAAGAUCGAUGUGAAGCAGUUCGCCAUGGUCAGAAUCGGCUUCAUCGGCUGGGGUUUGAUGGAUGUGUGUUAUGUUCUGAGGGGGGUGGAGUCGGACUCCGUCUCCUCAGCUCUUCUCCUCACCACCACCUUCCAGCUCGUCUAUAUCCUCGACUUCCUCAUCGACGAGGACACGGUGUUGGACACUAAGGAGUUUAUGGAGGACUCGAUCGGGUUCCUGAUGGUUCUGGGAGAGUAUAUCUGGAUCCCGUUCUUCUCCAGCCUCCCCGUUUACUUCCUGCUCCAGCGGCCCAAUCACAUCCACUUCCUGUCUGCUGUUCCCGUGAUCCUGCUGUUUGGUUUCGGGUUCCUGGUGUAUUAUCUCUCCAACGAGCAGAAGAGCGGCUUCCGCAGGAACCCCCAUAACCCCGCCUACUCCCGUCUGGAGACGAUCCGCAGUCCGUCGGGUCGGAACCUGCUGGUGUCCGGAUGGUUCGGUUGGGUUCGACAUCCAAACUACCUGGGCGACGUUGUGAUGAUGCUGGCCUGGUGUUUACCCUGCGGGUUCUGCAGUGUGUUGCCGUACCUGCCGGCUCUGCAGUGUUUUAAUCUGUUGAGGAAGAGGAGUACGGAGGUGGAGGAGUCGUGCCGGGAGAAACACGGCUCAGCGUGGGCGGAGUACUGCCGCCGAGUUCCAUACAAACUCAUACCCUACAUCUACUGACCCCACCCACAUACAUACUGACCCCGCCCACACACCUACUGAGCCUGCCCACACACCUGUAACACCAUCAAUAAAGUCCAAACAAAGCAAUA